AUGGGAUGCCGUGAGCGGACUGGUAUCGAGGCUGAUCUGAACUACCUCGCACGGCUACCAGUACAGAGCGUCGAACAGCCGUGGCCUUUGCUGGUGUUUCUACAUGGAGCUGGCGAGCGUGCAUCUGGCUCUAAAAAGAAGGAUUUGAAGCUGCUGAAACGACAUGGGCCUUGGAAUGCCGAUGCCUUCAUGGUAGUCGCACCACAAUGUCGGCGGGAGCAGGUGUGGCCAUCGUUAGCGCAGCAAGUUGUCUUCUUCACGAAGAGGAUCUGCACUUCCUUCCCGAUCGAUAUGAAACGGGUGUACAUCACGGGCCUUUCGAUGGGUGCCUUCGGGUGCUUUGCUGCAGCCGCCAAAGCGCCUUCCCUUUACGCAGCUUUGGUGGGCCUUGCCGGCGGCUUCGCAACAGAGCUGCCGAGCUCUGCGGGCGUGGGAACUUUGCAGGCCCUGGCGAAGGCAGCGCCGAAGCUCGCAGAGGUCAAGCCGAUGAGGAAGCUGCCAAUCUGGCUUUUCCACGGUGUGCGCGACAAGACCAUCCCCGUUUCUGGUUCUAUGGGGCUCGUCCGGGCGCUGAAGGCGGAUAAGCACCGUCAAGCAGAAACAAAGCUGACAAAGCUUGAUGCGAAACACUCCAUUUGGAAGAGAGCUUACGGCCGGAAGGACCUGUACCGAUGGCUUCUGCAACACCAGAGCGAAGGGAAAGCGAAGAAAAUCGCGGGUAUUGAACUGGACGGUGGGUCUUUCAGAGUGAGGUUUUCGAAGAACAGGAAAAGGUUAGAUGGUGGCAGAUUUCGGGAGCUUCGGGAUGCAGAGGCUAGAACACUUGAGCUCAGGCGCCAAAGCGGCGUGUCGAAGUUCGGGAUGUGCCGACCAAAGAAGCGGCCACGCGUAGCAGAAGACGGAACUCCUCGGAACCAUGCAGAAAAGCCGAGUGAUGCCGAGUGUGCCCAUUCCUUGGAAUCUCAAGAUGGGUGGGACGCAGCUCUUGGCCUGGCCCAGAGGAGCCAGAAUGCAGGCAUCCAGCUGGGCAUAGUAGGUUGCAACAUCCUCGUCUCCUCGAUGGAGCUUUGGGCCGAAGCUUUGAACCUGGAGAGGACUCUUGCCAAGCUGCAGCCCACGGAAGCCAGCUCAGUGGCAACCUCCGGAGCCAUGGCCCAGCGCUGGGCGGAGGCCUUGCAUCUGCUUGGCCACUUCGAGCGCCUACGCCUCGCGUCGAGCACAGCAGCCUACAAUGCG